GAACACCGAUGUUCUUUGGUACACUUGGAAUUUUUCCAAUAGUAAUAGUACUAUAGACUUGUUUUGUGAAGAGAGAUAGAGCUUAUCCUUAACCUAAUCUUUGACCCAGCGGCGUUUGGAGGUUGCAGCAGCAAUGCCGACGCUGAACUUGUUCACCAACAUCCCCGUCGACACCGUCGUUGCUUCCGACAUUCUCAGAGACGCCACCAAAGCUGUUGCUAAGAUAAUCGGAAAACCCGAAUCCUAUGUGAUGAUACUGUUGAAUGGGAGUGUCCCUAUUGCGUUUGCUGGGUCUGAGGAGCCAGCUGCUUAUGGUGAACUCAUCUCCAUUGGUGGCCUUGAUCCUUCUGUUAAUGGCAAACUAAGUUCCACCAUUGCUGACAUCCUGAAAACUAAGCUUUUCAUUGAUAGUUCCCGAUUCUAUAUCAAGUUCUAUGAUGUUCAGCGCUCAUUCUUUGGGUUCAACGGCUCAACCUUUUAGAUCAAACUAUAGUUGUGGCGUUGGAGAGGGACAAAAUCCGGCUAAUGAUCAUUCUAUCGACCGUGAAAAAUAUGUUGUAUGCAUGAUUGUAGUUAACCAAUAAACUUGAUAUAUAAAUUAUGUAGGAUUGUUAAACAAUACAGUUGUCCUUUUUAUGCCAUUCAUUCUGAUAUUUUAGAAUCCAUGCUUU